AUGGCGGCGGUGACCAGAGGUUCGUUCACUGCGCUCAGACGGCUGCUGACUCAUCAGUACCGCGGCAGGUGUUUCCGGCUGCAGAGCCUCCGGUCGCAGCGCGUUCUGCCGCUGCUCGCGGUCACACGUGACCGAGAUGAGUGGACGUUCAGCUGCAGGACUCUGCACGCGACUGUGGCAAGUCGAGGACCCAUCGUCCAGUUCAAGCUGUCGGACAUCGGUGAGGGAAUCAUGGAGGUGACGGUGAAGGAGUGGUACGUGAAGGAAGGCGAUAAGGUUUCUCAGUUCGACAGCAUCUGUGAGGUUCAGAGCGACAAGGCGUCCGUCACCAUCACCAGCCGCUACGACGGCGUCAUCAAGAGACUCUACUACGACGUGGACGGCACUGCGUUAGUGGGCAAACCGCUGGUGGACAUCGAGACGGAGUCCAGUUCAGAGGUGAUCCAGGAGGAGGACGUGGUCGAGACGCCCGCUAUGGCUCGAGAAGAACACACCCACCAGGAAAUCAAAGGACACAAGACCCAGGCCACCCCCGCCGUGAGACGCCUUGCCAUGGAGAACAACAUAAAGCUAAGUGAGGUGGUGGGGACAGGUAAAGAUGGACGGAUCCUGAAGGAAGACAUCCUCAACUACCUGGCGAAGCAGACGGGAGCCAUCUUACCUCCGACCCCAGUUCACGAGAUCCAGACUCCAGGACCGGCCCAGGUUGCUGCCGCCAGGCCCGUGAGCACAGCGGCCGCCAUCAAACCCCCGCCCACGACAUCCAAACCCGUCUUCACCGGGAAGGACGUCACAGAGCCCCUGAAAGGUUUCCACAAAGCGAUGGUGAAGACGAUGACGGCGGCGUUGAUGAUUCCUCACUUCGGUUACUGUGACGAGGUCGAUUUGAGCCGCCUGGUGGCGCUGAGAGGUGAACUCAGAUCAGUGGCUGAAGGUCGAGGGGUCAAACUCAGCUACAUGCCCUUCUUAAUCAAGGCUGCCUCCCUUGGUCUCCUUCACUUCCCGAUCCUGAACUCUUCGCUGGACGACAGCUGCCAGAACAUCACCUACAAGGCAUCUCAUAACAUCGGGCUGGCGAUGGACACAAGUCAGGGUCUGCUGGUUCCCAACGUGAAGAACGUGCAGCUGCUCAGUGUGUUCGAGAUCGCACAGGAACUGAACCGUCUGCAGGGGCUGGGGUCAGUGGGCCAACUGGGAACCAAUGAGCUGAGCGGAGGAACCUUCACGCUGUCGAACAUCGGAUCAAUCGGGGGGACGUACGCCAAGCCGGUGAUUCUUCCAUCGCAGGUCGCCAUCGGAGCGCUGGGCAAAAUCCAGGUUCUUCCUCGGUUCGAUGCCGGCGGUCAGGUGGUCCCGGCUCACAUCAUGACGGUCAGCUGGUCGGCGGAUCAUCGCAUCAUCGACGGCGCCACCAUGUGUCGCUUCUCCAACCUGUGGAAGGAGUACCUGGAGCGCCCGGCCAGCAUGGUGCUGGACCUGAAAUGAAGAGGAGGGUUUCCCAUCAGCCCCGGGAGACGAGACGCCACAGGAUCAGAACCUCACCCCCCCCCUCCCCUCGCCGACCUCCUCUGUCUGGACGCCUUCACGUUCGAUGCCCAUCGUUUCCUUGUUGCCUUUGAGCGGGGGGGG